AGAAACUUUGAAAAAUCAGAAAUACCUUAGAGAGGGAGGGGCCCUGAGCACGGUCCCAGCAUCGGCUCCCACACUGCUCAGGUCUCUGCUACAGGACCCUUCCACCUUCCUCACCUGGGACCACACCUGCUCCCCAAAGCCGAGGAUGAUUAAGGAGGAACAUGAGGUCAUCAACCUGGGGACACCCCAGAACUCAGGGCCCAUGAUGUCCACUGUGGUCAACAUCCAGCCUGACACCGCAGUGCCCGACCACAUCGUCUGGUCCCUGUUCAACACGAUCUUCUUCAACACCUGCUGCCUGGGCUUCGUGGCCUUCGCCUACUCCGUGAAGUCUAGGGACCGGAAGAUGGUAGGAGACGUGAUUGGGGCCCAGACCUAUGGGUCCACCGCCAAGUGCCUGAACAUCUGGGCCCUGGUCUCGGGCCUCCUGGUCAUAAUUGGCACAGUCGUCACAGUCAUCGUUAUUGUGGUCCUUCAGUGAAUCGUCUUCCAGGAGGUUACUAGCAGCUGCCCACCGGAGGCUGUCACCCUUUCACAGCUGUUUAAACACCCGUGUCUACAAUGGAACUCAAUAAAGGACGUGUGUGGGA